CACACAUGCGUUUGUAAACCGCACAAGCGCGUAAGUUCGUGCGUCGCCAUUUAUUGUUACUCGAACUUUUUCUGAGCCAGUUUCUUGUUGUUACAUACGCAUUCAGUCGCCUGUUAUAAUUUGCGACACGUCGCCAUCAUGUAUAACGGCAUCGGGCUGUCGACUACGCGGGGCAGCGGCACGAACGGCUACGUGCAGCGCAACCUGUCGGCGGUGCGGCACCGCAAGGAGAAGGUCGCGUACAAGACGGAGGAGGACAUCCAACGACUCGAGGCGUCUAUGAUAAAGCAGCCGAACAAGGAGAUCCUUGCCCACGAGCAGAAACGCCGCGUCGAGCUGCGCGUGAUCGAGCUGCAAGACCUCAUGGAAGAUCAGGGGUACUCCCAGGAUGAGAUCGAGACAAAGGUCGCCACCUUCAGACAGAUGCUAGUGGAGAAGGAGGGAGAGGCGGAAAAACAGACGGAUGAGCACGGUAGACCAAUGUACGUCGAUUUUUGAUGGCGUCCCGACUGUAGGGUCUGGCCAUGUUUGCAAGCACAUAACUAUAAACUAUUCUGCUCACACAUAUUUAGUGUACUCUGAAAGAGGAGUGAGGAAGGGAGAGAGAGAGAGAGAGAGAGAGAGAGUGU